GGCGGAACCGCGCCUGAGGGCGUGGCGCUGACGUGGCGGCGGCAUCGGCACCAUGCGGGGCGGCGGCGUCUCGGACACCAGGACUGGACAUCACAGACAGCAGAAGCUCAAGAAGUCCUUGGAAAAUAAAAAGUCUAAGCAACCUGAGGUGGUGGAAACUGCUGUUAUAGGAGUGAACAGUAACUAUGAUGACACAGUCACCAACAUUUCCUCUGCCUCACCAAAGGGCCCAGUGAAUGGGAGUGCAGAGCCCAGGAGCAAGCGGACCAUUCGCAGGCCUGCUUACUGGUUGGAAAUGAGAGGAAUGAAAAACAGUGUUAACAAAUCUUCAGAAAAAAAAGGAGAAGUACUAUUGAAAGGCAAGAGGAAAUCUGAGCAAAGGGAAGGCAAAGAUGUUAAAGACUCUCCCAAGAAGAAGCAGAAGAUUUCAGGGAAAAACCAGCAAACUGGAACAAAACAAAACUCCAGAACAAAAGGCCACUGUGUUCAGAAAGAGCCAGAAACCUAUGGCACAGGUAGUAUGGAAGAGCAAUGGUCUUUAGAGAUUCAGGACAAAGGCCGAGUUACCUGUCCAACAUGCCGGGCUGUGGUGAGAAAGACUGUAGAAGGAUUGAAGAAACAUAUGGUAAAUUGCAGGAAGGAAAUGUUCACAUGUCAUCACUGCGGGAAGCAGCUGAAGUCUUUAGCAGGGAUGAAAUACCAUGUCAUGGCAGACCAUAACAAUCAGCCAGUUGUGAAGGAGGGAGAAGAAUUGGAUGAGCAGCUUGAGCGAGACCGCCUUCGGAAAGUUUUGAAGCGAAUGGGAAAAUUGAAGUGUACAAGGGAGGGCUGCACAGGCAGCUUCACCAGCAUAAUGGGAUACCUAUAUCAUGUUAAAAAGUGUGGAAAGGCUGCUUCUGAGCUGGAGAAAAUGGCUAUGAAGUGCCACCACUGUGGAAAAGCAUACAGAUCAAAGGCAGGACUUGUCUACCACCUCCGAUCUAAGCACGGGCCGGUCACUUUCCUCCAUGAGGAGAGAAGAACAGAGACCCUGAAAGAAAUCAAACGGGAGCAAAAUAACACAGGCAGAGUUCAGAGGAGAUCUGCAAAGGUGGCAAUCUACUAUCUCCAUGAGCUGGCAGGAGAAGAGCUGGCCAAAGAGUGGCCCAAAAGAAAAGUUCUGCAGGACUUGAUUCCAGAUGACCGGAAGCUGAAAUACACUCGUCCUGGACUGCCCACAUUUAGUCAAGAUGUGCUGUGCAAAUGGAAAACGGAGAUAAAGAUGUACCGAAGAGUCCACUGCCCAAAUCAGGGUUGUGAAUCUGUAUAUGGCAGUGUCUCAGGACUCAAGUCUCACCUUGGCACAUGUACCUUGGGAGACUUUGUGGCUGGUAAAUACAAGUGUCUGCUGUGUGAGAAGGAGUUCAUUUCGGAGAGUGGGGUCAAGUAUCACAUCAACUCUAUGCACGCUGAGGACUGGUUUGAUGUGAAUACAACGACCACCAAAAGCUUUGAGAAGCUGAUGAAAAUUCGCCAAAGGGAAGAGCAGAGGAAGCAACGGAAGAAGCGUCCUUUGACCAGGGGCAAAAAAAAGAGAGCUGGAACGCUGGUUGCCAAGAAGCUCCCCACUGUUGGAGUUGAAAAAAUGAGGAGAAGUAAGAGAGGUGGUCCACAAUGCGUGGACAAUGAGAGUGCAAGCAGUGAGGAAGGGGCACCCCAAGUUUCACAGAGAGAUGAAGUUCCAAAAGCCAGCUGCAAGCGAAUCCGAAGUAAAUCCCUAGAAGAUGAGAAGGAGUAAUUCUAAAGCUUUUCAGUUACAAGUCCCACUUCUGUCAGGCUCAUAACCCACAGCACUAAUAUAAGCAACUGAAUGUCUUUGGGACUGUGACUCAAUUCUGCGGGUGACUUUGAUACUGAAACUUCUGUAUCAGUUGUGAGGUCUGGUCGGUUGUGAGGAAUACAAACCAAAGCUGUGGUGCAGAGGCUGCUUCUGCUGGUGUAGUUUCUUUUGGACAGUGGCACUAACAGUGUACCCAGUGUGAUUCCUGCUCUGGUUGCAGUCUCAGUUUGGUCAUACUAGUUGCUUGUUUAGUGGUUUCCAGUACAGCAAGUGUUUGUUUUGUCAUCUUCCUCUGAUGUGUGAGAUCACAUCAGAUCACCACAAAAAAGGGUUCUUUUUUACAGUUCUUCUCAUAAGGGACUGACUAGCACAAUGUUCAGGUCUCUUCAAGGUGGAAAUCCAUUCUUGCACAGAAUGCACACAAAUUAAACAUGAAAACAGUGCUGUGCAGAGUGCAAAGACUCCAGCUUGCCCUGUCACUCUGCUGUCUGAUGUCAGCAAGGCUGCCACAAAAGAGACCUUCUCAGUGUUUGCUGUAUCCUGUUGCACAAGGCUCUAUUUCAUACACCGGUGUUUACGCUCAGCACCAGCGCGUGUACUUGAAAGGGGAUGGAAGGUCAUUAUUACCCUUGUCAGGAGCUCACUGUUCCCCUGGUGUCUGUCUCCUGUAAUGCUGGAUGUUGAAGAUAUGUAGAAAGUCUUCCAGUGCUGCAAGGACUGAAUGUUCUCAAGCCCUUUGGAGAUUCACUAGCCUUUCCAGAGCCCCCAGUAACUAAUGUACUGAGAUGGCCUUUGUGUACCCUCUGAAGCCCACUUGUUUCAUGCUCACCUGGGAAACAUACUGCAAGACAGUGCAUAUCGACAUGAGCAGCCUGCUAGUGCUGGGACCAAGUUCCAUGAAGCUGUCUUGCCAGCUUGUGGUUCUUUGUCAUGCCAUUGCUCCCACAGUGUCCUUUUACCCUGCUCGACAGGUACCAUUUUCAUUGUCUUACAUACCCUGUUUCUUUUCAGUAUCACCUCUCUGUGCAAAUGAGCUGUAUUAGCAGUGGCUUCCCUGUGUAGAAAAGGUUAAAAGAAGAGGGGUCAAUAUUUUAAGUCAUGUGUUGGCAUUGGAUCAUAAGGAAUAAUAUCUUCCUGUGCUCCAUAAAUCAUAGAACAUUAAGGGAUUGGAAUGGACCUUAAAUAUCAUGUAGUCUCACCCCCCACUGCCAUGAGCAGGGACAGAUCCCACUGUACCAGGUUUCUCAAGGCCUUACCCAACCUGGCUUUGAACACUGUCAGGGCUGGGGUAUCCACAGCCUCCCUGGGCAACCUGUUCCAGUGUCUAAAUGCAGCAGAUGUCAUAGAGGCUAGCAGGAGGCAGCAGCACAGGCAGUCCUCUUUUUCUAAGAAUGGGUUCUCCAGAAUCUCUGUUAUCCAAAGACCCACUGUAUCAGAAAAUUGCAAAAUUUGCACUGUCUGACAAAGUUGCUGGUGCUGAAAUUCACAGGGAAGCCAUUGCAGUGUCUGGGGAACAGGCAGGUUUGUACAUGUGUGUUAGUACCAGCAUGAUCACAUUGUUCUUGACAGUGGGGAGUAAAUACUGUAGGACCAAGGUGGUCUCAAGAGCUGCCUUUGGAACCAGGUGCUGCUGUGUUUGCAAGUGCUGUGCUGAAAGUAGAUGUGUGGACAGUGCAGGGUGUGUAAAGUCUGCAGUGAGAUGGGCAAGAUCAAAAGGCAGCAAAAUAAAAUGCCACCAGUGCAAGAAUGUGGUUUCUUGUCUGUUUGGUGUGUGAUGUUCUUGGUACCAUCCCUCCUCACAUAAUCCUGCCUGCCUGCAGGAUUGUCCUGCAUGCUCUGGUGCUGUCCAGUUGUCUUCACAGUUUAUCUUCAGAACUCCACAGCGCUGUACUUCCAGCAAAUGUUCGCUACGUUCCCACUCAGUACAAUAAACCCAGGAAUUAAAGAAGGUUUUUCAUGGUGGUUUCCAGCCUAGAGUCUUGUUUCCUGUCAUUCCUGAGUUACUAACUAGACCUGCUCUCUAGACAUGGAUACUUUGUGACCACUUGGGUUUUGUACUUACUUUAAGGUACUCCUCCACGUAACAUGGCAGGUGGAUAAAAAGCAUUCUCCAACAAUCCAUCUCUGUCUAUCGGCAUUACAGCAGAUUGUUGGCUGGAUUGGCUCAAGCUGGGAUGAGGUGGUGCUGCUGCUGCCACCUCACCUGCCACCUGUCCACUGUUUAUGAAGAGAGAUAUCUGUCCUGGAGCACCUGCAUCCUGCUCUAGUGGGGCUAAGGCAGCCGUGCUCUACUGCUCUGAGGGCAAGGAAUUUAGCAGAGAGGCAGAAUCACCUGUCUCACCUGCUGUCCACACUGCUGGAGAUGCAGCCCCGGAUACUGGUGGUUUCAGGGCUGCCAGUGCACAUGGCAAGGUUGGGUCCAAUUUUGUUGUCCCUAGGACCUUGUCCACCAGGCUGCUCUCCAUCCAUGGAUUCCCCAGAUUCUUCUGCAGCACAUCACUCUCCUCCAGCAAAUCAAUUGCACCAAGCAGCUUGAAUGAAGACAUUGCGUAGUGUAGGCAGCAGGCCCUGGAGAAACACUGUCCACUGCCCCAGAAAACUGGUCCUUGCUGUUAUCAAUUCUACUUGAGCAAGUACAUACUUAGAAAGAGAUCCAGUUUUGAACAAAUCAGAAGUGACAAAAGAAACCAGCUAGUCACUCAAUAUUUGUUGUAGUGAUUCAUUGUACUAAAAAUGCUGUGUCUUCUCAUCAGAGCUUGUUUUUAUUUCAGCCUCUAUCCCAUACUGCUGGGUCCUGGUAACUGAAAUAGCUUUAUGGUGUCAGAAAUUUCUUCCUGCAUAUUUGUAGUCAUAACUAACUCCAUACAAUAUUUGCUGUAUGAGCUAAGGAGGCUUGCUAGUCUCAGUCAAAAUAGGUUUUUCUCUUUUUUUUUCUGUUGUGCAUUGUUCUUUGCUGACAUGUUAUAUAUUGGUUGGUGCAUUUUUCACUUUUUAAGUCCAGAGAAAUGAACCAGGAACCAGCUGCAGUAUUCUAUAACAGUCUGGUUUAUCUAAGAUACAAUGAUAACCUUGCUCUGCUCUCACCUACCUCUUUGUCCUCAGCUCCCUCACUACACUGAUACUCACUUUUACCCUCUCAAGCACAUUUUUCAGUUGUUCUGCAAAUGCCUCUGGGAGCUCAUUUCUUUUGUUUCUAGGAGCUCAACAGGGUUUAAGACGAUGAACACAUUCUGAAACAUUGUGGUGUACUUCACAGAACUACUCUAGCAGAGAUCUUAAUAACCAUGUUUUGUACAGUAACUUUUUCUAGAAAGCUUGGUGUUAAUCUACAGAUUUUCUUUGCAAUUGUUACAUAAUUUCAUUAACUUUCUUGAUAAAGAUGUCAAAUAGGUGCAGACUCUGGGAUUCUCUAGGACAAAUCCUUAUUUACAAUUACUUACUAUCAAGCAUUAAAUGUAUUCCACCGAUGCUUGUAUAACAUGUGGGGCCAAGAACAAGGCCUCACUGAGAUUUAUGAUGUCAACAGCUAUUUUUACCUAAACGGACUUGUAAUUAAUUAAAGAAUAACAUUUACAGAAAAUUCUUCUCUGUGAAACCACGUUGGCUGGGUUUUACUUAUGAUGCCCUUUAAUGUCAGUUGUUGGCGUGUCUGGGAGAUUUCAGACUAAGCUGUACUUACA